AUGAACUCUGUUAUCAACGGGGAGACCAUUCAACCCAGGUACGCCCUCGAAAGCCGAGCGCAGGGCAGCGCAACCCUAGUAGCUCCCAACGACAAGAAUGCUAGCUGGGCCAACACCAAUGGCGAAGACGUGGUCCUCAUCGACGCCAUCAUCCAGCAAGUCGAGGGUGAUCUCUGUAGGCAUCCGAGCUCUCGCUUCGCGACAGGGUCAUCGCCUCCGGGUUCUUCGAUUGCUGAACAAUCUUCUCUAGUGUCAAAGUCCUUGUUCGUGAUCUGCAUUUGCAUGGCGCCGAAUUUGGCGGAAAGAUAG